UCAGACUCGGUGAUAAAAUAUUUAAGGGCGAAAAAGAUGAGUCUGGAGUCCUUGUUUCAGCACAUCAUCUUCUCCGAGCGCCGGGCGGAGGAGAGUCGCCGUCUGAUGCGAGAAGUAAGGUCGGAAAUAAACGGAUGUCGUGAAAAAAUUAAGAAAGCAACAGAGAAGCUGAAUGAAGAGAAAAUCAAGUUGGAAUCUAAGGUUCAGCAGUUUUCUGAAAAAGCCUUCCUCUUACAGCUUUUGAAAACUCAUGAAAGUGCCUUAGAAAGACAGUGCAGUGAAAUUACAAACCAAAGGAAUAUGCUUCUCCAAACCUUUGAGGCUACAAAGAGAAAAGUGACGGAGGAGGAGGAAAAAUUUAUUAAGGAAAUUACAGACUUCAAUAAUGAGUAUGAAAUAAUAAAGAAACGAGAGCAUUUGAUGAAAGAAAAUGUCAAGAUUGAAAUAUCUGACUUAGAAAACCAGGCAAAUAUUCUGAACAGGGAAAUGAAGUCAAUGGAACAUGAUAGUGGCCAGUUAAAUGAACUUCAAAAACAGAAGAGUGAAUUAAUACAGGAAUUAUGUACUUUGCAGAGAAAGCUUAAAGGAUUUGAAGAUAAAAAAAAAUGAAGCCAUUUGUACUACCAAACACCUAGAGGCAGAAAAAAUAAAAAUCAAUGAAAAGCCUCAAAAUGAUGCUGAAUGCUUAAGACUUAAAAAAGAGUUAGAACUUCAUAAGGAAGAUGACAUGCGAAGUGUUUAUGAUGCUCUCCAAACAGAAAUAGAAUUUUUGGAGUUGACAUUGGCACAGAAAGAUCUUCGGGAAACAAAUAACUUGUAGAGAAUUGAUCAUCUAUCCAGGAUUUGAUCAGAGCAUCUUAGUAUCAAAUCUUUGUGAUAGAUACGUGAAUGAUACCCGUUACAACAGAUUCUUGUGGAAAAUGUGAGGUCCAAAAUGUUCAAAGUUGUUGAUAUCUAGAAUUGGUAUAUUAGCAUUAAAAAAUAAUUUUUUGGUCUUGUUACCUGCUGAAA